AUGGCCUUAACAACAGCCUUGACUCGUCCGCUGCAGCUGUUCAUUCGCUGCCUGCAGUGGUCUAGUGCUGUUAUCGUCAUGGGUAUCACCUCCUACUUUAUCCACAAGGGACCUAAGGGACAGCACAUAAUCUACCAGGAAGUCAUCGCUUGUAUCUCAGUCGUCUUCUUCCUGCCAGCAUUCAUCUCCCCCUUCCUCCCUAAAGCACUAAGCAAGUUUGUGCUACUCAUUGACUUGGUGUUCUCGUACCUCUGGUUAACCGCCUUCAUCUUCUCGGCACAAGACUACAACGAGUUUUCGUGCGGUGCUGAUGCUCCUCCUGGAAUCAAGUGCUCAAUCAAGUACGCCAACGAGUCGUUUAUCUUCCUGGCUUUUAUCUUUUCCUUCUUUGCCUUGUUUGUUGAACUCAGUGCUCUGUGGAACUACCACAGGAGCAUCACUCCUCUGACAGACAAGCAUGAUGCCAGUGCUCGCCAGCCACUCGAUGGCCCCGUUGAGACUGCCUAA